GCCGACAACAUAUUGACAUAAUCUGGGGAGCCUUUGCCUCUGAUACUUCAAAAGGAAGCAACUUUCCUACUUUCCUUUAUACGAUCAAAGCAGAAAGACACUAGCUCAGAAGGUUACAUUAUCUCCAAAAUUGAAGAAAUCGAACCUGUGGUUUCUGAAAAGACUUAAACGGCAGUGUCAUACUCUGCAGCUUAUUUGACGAUACCGAUCGCAUCACAAAGAUGAAUCGAGGUACUAGACCUAGCCUUAUAGCCGACGAUCCUCGCAAGAAGCCGGUGGUCAAGAAUGCUGACAUGGAAGAGGACCAACAGCAGCAUGCUAUCGAUGUAGGGAAGCAGGCACUGGAGAAAUUCGACGUGGAGAAGGACAUUGCGGCCUACGUCAAGAAGGAGUUCGACAAAGCUUACAACCCGACCUGGCACUGCAUCGUGGGCAAGCACUAUGGCAGUUACGUCACCCACGAGACCAAACAGUUUAUCUACUUCUAUCUCGGACAGAUCGCCAUAUUGUUGUGGAAGUCCGGCUGAAGAGAUUCUACCCGACUACGAAAUUGUUUAGGCAACUGUAGCUUGUCAGAUUGUAGACACGAUAGAAUUUAAAACGUUCACAUUGGACGAAAGUCAUCGAUACAUUAAGUCCAACUUAGGCAGAUGUAUGUACCUCCAUUAUAAGCUUUAUUGUAAGCUUCGUAUCAGUUUUGAGACUAAAUUUUCAGCUUAGAAAUCAAGCCAACAUGAACAUGUCAAUUCCAGAGUGAAAACUCAACCUUUUCGAGUGAAGAUUCACUCUCGCCGUCGGAAAGUAGGGACCAGACGUUUUAGAGUGACAUUUCUUCAAUCGAAAAGAUUGAGUUUUCACUCGAGUCCCGAAUAAAGUGAUUAUUUUUUCCAGAGUAUUUCAAUCUAAUUUGAGAGUGAUUUUCACUCUAAAUCGUCUUGUCCCAAGUUUCACUCUUUCAGAUUUAGAGAAAUAUAGUUCUGUCAAAUAUGGUUACCAGCGACUGCCAUCGGCAUUUUUUCAGAACCUCUCUUUCACCUUGCGUAAACCAAUUAGUAUCUUUCCGUUAGGUGUUUUCACAUUCCUUUGCCACAUCAUUUUCAUUGUAAUUCACCUGCCCUUAUUGUCAUUUUCGUUCAUGUUCCAUCAUCAAUUCUCCGUCAUCUUCCGUCGUCUUCAUUUCCCAUCUCUUCCUUCAUCAUCAUCCCAGAAACCCUUCUCAUCCUUCAUUCCAAUUUUCUGUCAUCAUCCUAUCAUCAUAUCCCAUCACCAUUCUGCAUUGUCCAUCUUGCACCUUUCCUUAAUGUACUUUCGCCUCAGUCCCCAUUUAUCUUACUUCUUAACAUUAUAAUGGUUUUACCCCUUCUGUCACCGUCCUACAUCCUCACUUUGCAUGACUUCAUCUCUCUUUAGUCAUUUUUUAACUUAAAGUUACAUCCAUGGAAAGUUUUAUUUUCUUGAUUAUCCAUCCCCCUCCUUUGUUAAGUUUCAGUGAUAAAAACGUAAUGUGUUCAUUCUCUUGAACCACAAUUCAUUUUUUAUUUUGUUACAACAGUGACUCCGAUUUGCAUUAUUUUGUGUUAUUUUUUCGACUUAUGUCUAUCGCUAGGACACCCUUUAAAAAAGAAACAAGAUAGAAAGUAAACAGAAUUGUAAAGUUAUAUUUAGAAAAUGCCAUGAGUGACAGGAUCUUAUAUUUUAAUAAAUAGUACAAGGAAUUUUGCAGUA